GAACGGGCGCUCGCCGGAAGUGAGGUGGCCUUUCUCGAGAGCAAGCGAAAAAUAAACACGUAACCGUCAGGCGGCCGCGACUACGAGACAUCGGCAGCGACGCGAUCGCUUUAGAUGGAAGGAUAGACGCGAGACGCGGUCAUUAGAUGCGAAACUCACCACGGGCCGUUUCUCUGAAGAAAUACCGGAUUCCUGCGGCUGAAGUGAAAGAUGGUGCGAGCCGCUCUUGUGACAGCCACCAGUCUGGUGCUGACGGGAGCAGUGGUCGCUCAUGCCUACUUCCUCAAGCACCAGUUCUACCCGACUGUGGUAUACCUCACUAAAAGCAGCCCUAGCAUGGCGGUUUUAUACAUCCAGGCUUUCGUCUUGGUUUUCCUUUUGGGGAAAUUAAUGCGCAAGGUGUUUUUCGGGCAACUGAGAGCUGCCGAAAUGGAGCAUCUGAUUGAACGCUCCUGGUAUGCGGUGACCGAGACCUGUUUAGCCUUUACAGUCUUCAGGGAUGAUUUCUCUCCUCGUUUUGUGGCCCUUUUCACUUUGCUGCUUUUCCUCAAGUGCUUCCACUGGCUGGCUGAAGACAGGGUGGACUUUAUGGAAAGGAGUCCAAAUAUCUCCUGGGUCUUCCACUUCAGAGUUCUCUCUCUAAUGGUGUUGCUGGGAGUGUUAGACUUCCUGUUUGUCAAUCACGCGUGUCACAGCAUCAUAACCAGAGGAGCUUCAGUCCAGCUGGUUUUUGGAUUUGAGUAUGCGAUUCUGAUGACUAUGGUCCUGACCACCUUCAUCAAGUACACCUUACACACAAUUGAUCUGCAGAGUGAGAACCCGUGGGACAAUAAGGCCGUCUACAUGCUGUACACAGAGCUCUUCACAGGUUUCAUCAAGGUGCUUUUGUAUAUGGCGUUCAUGACCAUAAUGAUCAAAGUGCACACCUUCCCUCUGUUUGCCAUCCGACCCAUGUAUCUCGCAAUGAGGCAAUUCAAGAAGGCAGUGACAGACGCCAUCAUGUCUCGACGAGCCAUUCGUAACAUGAAUACUCUCUACCCAGAUGCCACCCCUGAAGACUUGCAAGCCACAGACAACGUGUGCAUCAUCUGCAGAGAGGAGAUGGUGACUGGAGCCAAGAAGCUGCCUUGCAACCACAUCUUUCACUCGAGUUGCCUUCGCUCAUGGUUUCAAAGACAGCAGACGUGUCCGACCUGUCGUAUGGAUGUCCUCCGAGCGUCCCAGCCAAACCAGACUCCUGCCCCAGCUCCUGCGCAGGCACCCGCCCCUGCUGCCCCUGCUAAUGCCCCCAUACCUCCACCCGUCAAUGUCGCUCCAGGUAUGAUGCCUCAGUUUCCCCCGGGUCUGUUUCCCUUUUGGGGUCCCUUCCCAGGCGCGCCUCCUCCUGCUGCUCCGGGUGCGCAGGCGGCUCCUGACGCUCCGCAGACCAGCACCGCUGCGACACAGGCCCAGGGAGCAGAGUCCGGAGCCAGCAGCUCGACCCAGCCAAACGCAGACGGGGCCUCUGCUGCUCCCGGAGCAAUGCCGGGAUUCCCUUUCUCCAUGCCUCCACCUUUCCCAUCAGCUCCAUGGCUGCCAAUGCCUCCCCCUCCACCCUUCAUGUCCUCCAUGCCGCCGCCGCCAUCGACUCUGUCCACGAUGUCCGAGGCCGAGCUCAGAGAGCUGGAGCAGGAGGGCAGGCGAGGUCUGGAAGCCAGGCUGCAGUGCCUUCACAACAUCCACACGCUGCUGGACGCCGCCAUGCUCAACAUCCACCACUACCUCAGCACGGUGGCGACGUUAAGCCCUCCAAGAUCAGAAAGCAACGCUGGCGAGGCGAGUACAUCGGUGAACGCGGAGUCCUCUUCCUCCGCGGGCAACACGGAAACUCCCAGUCAGGAGAACGAGGCUCAGAGCGAUGGAUCCGUAAAUGGAGCCACGGGCUUCUCUCCACCAGACUCGACCACAGCGGCGGACAAAGACAGGAAGGAAGGAGAUGAAGACGAGGACGACGGUGAGCCCAAUGCCGCCGAGUUGAGACGACGUCGCCUGCGUAAACUGGAGACCGCUCUGGAGAACGCUCCUGACCACUGAUGACGUGAACUGACUUCUGACGGUAGAAAUGCUUCUUACGGACUCCUGGGCACUUGGCGCGUCGAUGUCAGAUGAUCUGAGGAAAACUGAUGAGUUCUUAGGUGUUCAUUUAAAACGAGGCACAUCAAGGCUCUUCCCGCUGUAUGGAGGAUUUGUGAGAGGAAGAUAUCGGCGGAAGACAGAAAGGAUAAAAAGCUCCUUGAAAGACUGCCGUGACGUCGGACUCGAGUUCCGGUGAGACUCUCCUCUCUGAAUGUGAUUCGUCUCUCACGGGAACGCGGUCUGUUGAUUUUCUUGUGUGCCCUUAAAACUCAUGUUUUCCCAUUCUUCGUGUAUUUUCGUUAUUUCUAGUGCUACAUCGUAGAUUUUUUUUUUUUUCCUGGAUCAACGUUGGUUAUAGUUAAAAGAUAUCCAUGAACCAAAUAUCUAAAUUAACUCGCUGUACAUAAUGUAUAAAGUGUUUUAAUAGGAGGAUCUGUAAAUACUGCACAAUAAAUUGUUCAAACCAGA